UCGACCGACGACAAACACCAACACAUCGACACAAUGGCUGACCGUGGAGCAACUCGUGGCGGAUUCGCAUCUCGUGGAGGAGACCGUGGUGGUGACCGUGGCCGUGGUGGUCGCGGCCGUGGCCGUGGUCGCCGUGGACCCAAGAACGAGGAGAAGGAGUGGCAGCCCGUCACCAAGCUCGGUCGUCUCGUCAAGGCCGGCAAGAUCAAGUCCAUGGAGGAGAUCUACCUCCACUCUCUGCCCAUCAAGGAGUACCAGAUUGUCGACUUCUUCCUCCCCACCCUCAAGGAUGAGGUCAUGAAGAUCAAGCCCGUCCAGAAGCAGACCCGUGCCGGUCAGCGUACCCGCUUCAAGGCCGUCGUUGUCAUCGGUGACUCCGCCGGUCACGUUGGUCUCGGUAUCAAGACCAGCAAGGAGGUUGCCACCGCCAUCCGCGCUGCUAUCAUCAUUGCCAAGCUCGCUGUUGUCCCCAUCCGUCGCGGUUACUGGGGCUCCAACCUCGGUGAGCCUCACUCCAUCCCCGUCAAGGAGAGCGGCAAGUGCGGUUCCGUCACCGUCAGACUUAUUCCCGCUCCCCGCGGUACCGGUCUCGUUGCCUCCCCCGCUGUCAAGCGUCUGUUGCAGCUUGCUGGUGUCAGCGACGCCUACUCGGCCUCGUCCGGUUCCACCAAGACCCUUGAGAACACCCUCAAGGCCACCUUCGUCGCCAUUACCAACACCUACGGUUUCCUCACCCCCAACCUGUGGAAGGAGACCAAGCUCAUCCGCAGCCCUCUCGACGAGUACGCCGAUGUCCUCCGCCAGGGCAAGCGCUACUAGAUUCUUCACCGUUUCUAGCCGUACGGUGUCGUCUUUCAAAAACAAAAUGUUGGGUGCUUUAUGGUGAAAAAAGCUGUGGGC